AUGGCCAGCAUUUUGCUGCAGUUUCCUCCCCCACCUCGAAGAAGUCACUUGACUGUUUUGGAACAAGAGGGUCAGUUGAAAGAUGCUCCGGAGUCUGUUCCAUUGUCAUGUUUGCCAGAUUAUCCUGAGAUUACAAUACAGAGUGAGAGAAGUUGUCGCCUGAAUGCACAUUAUGACAGCGCUCAGAAUGCUUUUUUAACACACGAGCAGACAUCAUGGAAAAGAUCUCUACAUGCAUGGUACAGUGGUGGUAUUGUCAAUAUGCUGGAGGAAUUAUCAAAUGCAAAGGAGGAAGUUCCCUUCUGGCUCUCCACGCCAAGCAGAGCAGCCUUAUCAGUUGUGCAGAAGUUGAAAUCAUUUCGCAUUUCAGUGUUCCCACAAAAAUCUAUGUCAAAUGAUGACCUGCUGACCAAAUACACUCAUGUCUCCAACUGGAGCAGAAGUCCCGUCCAAGUCUUGGCCUGGCAUCCCCAUGUCACCAAACUUGCAGUGGCCUUGAAAGAUGAUUCUGUGGUUGUUUACAGCUCAGGCAGCUCUCUGUGUCCCACGCUGAAACACAAACUACAGAAACAUGUCAUCGACCUUGCUUGGCAGCCUUUGUCAGCAUCUGUUCUGGCUGUGGCAUGCCAGUACUGCAUUCUUAUUUGGCAUGUUGAGCCCACAUCAUUGGCUGUAAGGCCUUCCUCAAGCACAGUUCAGAUUCUUCACUGCGGAGGUUGUUCACCUGUCACUAGCCUUGCAUGGAGCCCUGAUGGGGAUCAUUUGAUUUCUGCCUCACCCAGACAUGCCUCAAUCAUGGUGUGGGAUGUGCCAAGGGAGACUAGUGUAGCUUUACGAAGAGACCGGGGAGGUGGAGUUUCACUUCUGUCAUAUUCCACAGAUGGGUCAAAAUUAUUCACAUCCACAUUGUCACCCCUCUUCAG